GUCUCCACUACUGCAUAGAAGCAAAGUCCAGGACAGGACAACAACACUGCCAACAUGCCUCAGAACGAGUAUAUGGAGAGAUGGCGCAAGCUGCAUGGCCGCCGUCUCGACCACGAAGAGCGAACCCGAAAGCGCAUUGCCCGUGAAGGCCACAAGGCUUCGCAAGACGCCCAGAACCUCCGCGGUCUGAAGGCCAAGCUGUACCAGAAGAAGCGCCACAAUGAGAAGAUCCAGAUGAAGAAGGCCAUCAAGGCCCACGAGGAGCGCAACGUCAAGACCGCGGACGAGAAGGAGCCUACCCAGCCUCUGCCCUCGUACCUGCUCGACCGAUCGAACCCUUCCACGGCAAAGGCCCUCAGCAGCGCCAUCAAGAACAAGCGUGCGGAGAAGGCCGCCAAGUUUAGCGUGCCGCUGCCCAAGGUGCGAGGUAUCAGCGAGGAGGAGAUGUUCAAGGUCGUCAAGACGGGCAAGAAGACGCACAAGAGGGCGUGGAAGCGAGUCAUUACUAAGCCUACAUUUGUUGGACCCGACUUCACCAGACGAAACCCCAAAUACGAGCGCUUUAUCCGACCCAUGGGUCUGCGUUACAAGAAGGCCAACGUCACACACCCUGAGCUCGGCGUCACGGUCCAGCUGCCCAUCAUCAGUGUCAAGAAGAACCCGCAGAACCCUCUGUACACUCAGCUAGGUGUUUUGACCAAAGGUACCAUUCUCGAGGUCAAUGUUAGCGAGUUGGGUCUGGUUACUGCUGGAGGAAAGGUUGUCUGGGGCCGAUACGCUCAGGUCACAAACAACCCUGAGAACGAGGGAUGCAUCAACAGCGUGCUACUUGUCUAAGUUUUUAUGGGAUGGGGGGGAGGACAGUUGAAUGAGGAGUGGUUUUGGUCAUUUUUGUUGAGAGCCACGGCUGUCAAAGGUGCAUGUAUUGGCGUUUUGGCGUUGGGUACUACCUUGGGAGGUACGGGUGCUUGAUGCAGGAGGAAAGAAAAAGACAUAAAAGAAGCAAAGGCUAGAUGAGGUCGAUUAGGGAGAUAUAAAGACUUUUGAGGAAACCAAGGUACUCGGAUUUGAUGCGUAAGGAAAUUCAGGUAUAUAAAUAAUACAAUGAAGAUGUUUGUCAAUUUACCAGUAC